UCGCCAGUGUCUUUUACGUGUAUUUGCCGCCUUUACUGCUGUGCAUGUUUACUAUUCGUUUAUAUCUAUUUGUUAUUUAUUGAAGAAAAAUAAUUUAAGGUUCAACUGUAACGAUGUUUCGUAAAGUUAUCUUAGGAACACGCAGUCAAAUCUGUCGAUUAAACAAUUUAAGAUUCUUAUCACAAGAAGCGAAAGAAGCUACGAAAAUAGAAAAGACUGUAAAUAAUGUAACCUUACUUGGAAGAGUUGGAGCAGAACCUCAGAAACGUGGAAGCACUGAACAUCCAGUUGUAAUAUUCUCCAUUGCGACACAUACAAAUUAUAAAUAUGAAACAGGUGAUUUUAUGCAAAGAACUGAUUGGCACAAAAUAUGUGUCUUUAAACCUAAUUUGAGAGAUGCUGUAUAUAACUAUUUAAGAAAAGGUCAGCGAGUAAUGGUAAAUGGUAGGAUAAGUUACAGUGAAUUUAAAGAUGAGGAAGGGAAUUCACGUCCCAGUACAGCUAUCAUAGCAGAUGAUGUAAUAUUCUUUCAAUAAGGAACCUUUUAUAUACUAUGUACAAAUACUACAUAUUUUUUUCAAUAAAAUUGGUAUAAACUUGUAAA